AUGAGUAACAGUGAAUCACUUUUAUCGAGUGUCUUGUCACAAUUAAUAUUGUAUGUUUCACCAGAAUGUCGAUUGUUUAAUGUUUAUGGACCAGCUGAAUGUACAGAAGCAUCAACAUAUUAUCUUAUGGAUCGAAAUAUUAAUGUGAACUUACUAACGACAAUUCCGAUUGGACGACCAUUACCCAAUUAUACGUGUUACAUUAUGGACGAUUAUUUACAACCUGUUCACCUUUAUACAGUUGGAGAAUUAUUUAUCGGUGGUGUUGGUGUAUUUGCUGGUUAUUAUGGACGACAAGACUUAACGGAACAAGUUCUCGUUGAUUUACCGAGUGUUAUAAAUGAGAAAUGUUAUCGUUCUGGUGAUCUUGUUAAAUUAGAUGAAGAAGGUUUCAUUCAUAUUAUUGGACGAAAAGAUUUUCAAAUUAAAUUGAGAGGGCAACGUAUUGAAACCAGUGAAAUAGAAGAAACUGUUCUUAAAUUAACAUCUCAUAUUACAAAUUGUAUUGUUAUAAAACAUGAAGACUAUUUAAUAGCAUACAUAGAAAUAUCUCCAGCUAAUAGGCCAUCAUUAGAAACAGAAGUGAGAGAAUAUUGUCGACUACAUUUACCACAAUAUAUGAUACCAUCAGUAUUUAUCAUUAUGGAACAAUUUCCUCUCAAUUCGAACGGAAAAGUGGAUCGUAAACGCUUAACUCUACCUGAUUUGACCCAAAUAAAAAUUAAUGAAGAAUACAUUAAGCCACAAUCGAACUUAGAAAUAGAAAUUCAUCAAUUAUGGUGUGAAGUGUUGCAGUUAGAAAAAAUAUCAAUGAACAAAAAUUUCUUUUCAUUAGGUGGAAAUUCUCUAUUACUGAUAAAACUCUAUGUAUUAUAUCAAUCAAAAUAUUCUUUGGAUGUGAAUAUCGGUCAAUUAUUCAAACAGACAACAAUUCAAGAACAUGUUCAAUUGUUGCUAUGUUUUUUAUCAACAAUAGUACCGAAACAAGAAAAACAACAACAAUGGACCACAAUGAAUAUUACUGAAGGACAAAUAUUAGUAAAACAUUUACGUCAAUCUUUAAACAGAUUAAGUCAAAAACAUUCAAUUUUACGCACAUCAUUAAUAUAUGAUCAUGAUAAACAACAUUUAAAACAAAUGAUAAAUAGUCAAUUAAAUUAUCAAUUUCGAAUAACAACAAUUCAACGAAAUCAGACUAAAAAAUUAAAACAAAUAAUUUCUAAUGAAGAAUUAUUCCAUUCUGAACAAGGUCAAGUAUUUCGUUGUCAUUUAAUGCAAUACUGUAACCGUGAUAGUAACAAUAAUAAAAAAAGAUUAAAAAAAAACGAUUUAAUUAUAUUCAGUUUCCAUCAUUCUGCCUUUGAUGGUGGUUCUAUGGAUAUAUUUAUAUCAGAUUUUAAAUUAUCCUAUAUGAAUCAACUGAAAAUAAAUGAAAAUGAUUUAAAGUAUAUUGAUUAUGCCCAAUACGAACGACAACUGGAUAUGACAAAAGCUAAACAGUACUGGAAGCAGUUAUUGGAAGGCUAUGAUAUGGAGCGGCAAUUGCCACUACCAUUUGAUCAACAUAUACAUACACAUCAGAGAACUGGGCAUGGUACAUCUGUCAAAAUUUAUCUAAAUCAACAAUUAGUUGAGCAAACAAUUCAGUAUAUUGAGCAAAUCAAUGUGUCAAUGUUCCAAUUAUAUCUUACAUGCUACUAUAUUUACCUUUAUAAGAUAAUACAAGAAAAAGAUUUAUGUGUGGGAAGUUUGAAUGCUAAUCGUUAUCGUUCAGAAUUACAAUCAAUGAUAGGUGUGUUUGUUAAUCUAUUACCUUAUCGUUAUCAAUUGAAUCCAUCGGAAACAUUUUCAAACAUUCUGGGACAAGUAAAACAACGAUGCUUAGAUAUUUUACAAUAUUCAUAUUUACCUUAUCAAAAAAUUAUUGAACUAUCUCGUGAUGUAAAUCAAUCAUCUUCCAUAUUACCAUUUAUACAAACAAUAUUUCGAUUCCACGAAAUACACUCAACAUCGAUUAACUCUCAACUGAGCUUACAUGAUAAAACUGUUCUACAUCAAUUGAAUUCAAAUGAUAUAAAUUAUACUGUUAAAACAACAAAAUUUGAUUUAACACUUUCGAUUAAUUAUGAUCCAUAUGACAAAAGGAUUCAAUGUUCCUUUGAAUACUCUCAAGAUGUAUUCAAACAUUCAACCAUUGAAACAAUGUCACAACGAUUCCAUUCAAUCUUAAAACAAUUAUUUUCAUCUUCUUCUUCAUUUGAGAAAAUGAAACGUCCAGUUUAUGAACUUUCCAUUCUUUUACCACAUGAACAACAUAUCAUUCAAGAGUUAAACACUACACAAGUUGUUAAUGUCGACGACGAUGAACUCAUGAAUAAGAAUAAAUGCAUUCAUCAUUUGUUUAUUGAUCAUUGUCAACGAUACGAGCAAAAACUAGCAAUUAUAUUAGAUGAACAAUCGCUGACAUACUCAGAACUGUUCUACUAUGUUCAACUCUUAUCCAUGCAUUUAAUUAAAGAGUGUUAUGUGAAACCACAACAAAUCAUAUGUCAAUGCUUAGAACGUUCCAUUGAAAUGCCAAUUGGUAUAUUAGCUAUUUUAAUGUGUGGUGGUAGUUAUUGUCCACUUAAUCCACAAGAUCCACAAAAACGUCUUUUAACAUUGAUAGAUGAUACACAAACAAAACAUGUUCUUAUUCAUAAUUUAACAAAACAGACAUUUAUUGAUGAGGAUGAUAAGAAGAAAAACAUUGAAUUUAUUAAUAUCGAGUCAUUGUUUAAUAUACCCAACAAUAUAUUAAUAACUGAUCAUGACCUAAAGGAAGUCGCAUAUACUGAUAUUUAUCAUGAACAUAUUGCUUUUAUUCUAUUUUCAUCCGGAUCGACGGGUAAACCAAAACAAAUUCAAAUUCGGCAUCGAAAUUUCAUUUCAUCGACUAUAUCUUCUCUUCAAAUAAAAAUAUUUAACAGUAAUGACAUAUUUGUGCAAAUAGCUGAAUGUUCAUUCGAUGUACAUCUGGAAGAAUUAAUCACCCCAUUAUGUUUUAUUGGUACAACAAUUGUUUUGCUGCAUCCAUUUGGUCAAUAUGAUGUUGAUUACGUAUUACAAACAAUUGCGAACGAACAUGUUUCGUAUCUUGGUGUCGUACCAACAUUUAUCGAUAGUUUAUGUCAAUAUAUGGAGGAAUAUAAACAGUUUGGUUGUCUUAACUCGAUAAGAACACUUGUCUUAGGCGGAGAUACGUUGACAGCUUCUAUUUUGUCAAAUACAUUAAAUUACUUACCAUCAACAAGCAAAGUUUAUUGCGGUUAUGGUCCCGCAGAAACAACACUUCUAUCGUCUUAUCAUUUAAUUACAAAGAACGAUUUAAGUGGAAAAGAAAAAAUUCCCGUGGGUCGUCCAAAACCAAAUUAUCAAUAUUAUGUGUUGGAUGAGUAUUUACAAUCUAUGUCUAUUGGACAAAUUGGUGAAAUUUUUAUUGGUGGUGUUGGUGUAUUUGUCGGAUAUUAUAAUCGAGAUGUACAAAAUACUAAUAGUCUUGUUACUUUACCAGGAAUGAAUAAUGAACAGAAAUGCUACCAUACUGGUGAUUUGGGAAAAUUUAAUCGAAACGGAGAAUUGAUUUUUGUUGGACGAAAAGAUUAUCAAAUUAAGUUGAGAGGUCAACGUACUGAAACUGGUGAAAUAGAACAAAUAAUAUUGAAUUCUUCUUCUGAAAUCACUAAUUGUAUUGUUAUCAGAUAUAUAACUGAACAAAAACAACAAAAAGAGUAUCUGGUUGUACAUAUAGAAUCACUUACAGAUGAUAAAUCAGCAUUAAAAGUAAAAGUAAGAGAAUAUUGUCAACUACAUUUACCACAAUAUAUGAUACCAUCAUUAUUUAUCAUUAUGCAACAAUUUCCUCUCACUUCAAAUGGUAAAAUUGAUCGCAAAAGAUUCUUAUUAGAUGAUUUCUCAUCAUUAUUAAAUGAUGAACAAUACCAAGAACCAGCAACAGAAAUGGAAAUGAAACUUCAUCAAUUAUGGUGUCAUGUAUUAAAAAUAGAUGGUCAAAUAUCGACGAAUAAAAACUUCUUUUCACUAGGUGGUAGUUCUCUGAUAUUAAUGAAAUUACAUUCACUGUAUCAACACUAUUUAUAUAUAAACAAACAUACGAUGAGUAUUGCUCAAAUGUUUCAUUAUUCAACAAUCAAACAACAAGCAGAAAUAAUAACGAAAUUAAAUCCAAAUACAUCUACUAUGAAUAAUGAAAGAGUAAAUUUAUAUAAUAUAAUGAAAAAUGAUAAUAUAUUAAAUUUAUCUGAUGUUGUUACUGUGCAGACAUGUCAAAAGUUGAAUAAUAAUUCAAUAUUUCUUACCGGUGCUACCGGAUAUCUUGGUAGUUAUUUGCUUAAAGAAUUAUUAGAACAAACACAAUCAACAAUCUAUUGUCUUAUGCGACCAUCAUCAAAAUUUCUAUCGCCUAUUGAAACUUUAAAGUACUAUGAUCUGUUGAAUUCAUCAAUUUGUACAAAUCGUAUUAUUACAAUACAAGGUGACCUUGAACAGUAUCAUUUGGGUUUAAAUGAAUAUCAGUGGUUAGAAUUAAGUCAAAAUAUUAAUAGAAUUUAUCAUUGUGGUGCUAUGGUUAAUCACAUAAAAGAUUAUAAAUCACAUAGAUUAUCAAAUGUUAAUGGUACAAUUGAAAUUAUACGUUUAGCGUCUAUGAAUCAUAUAAAAAUAAAUUAUAUUUCAACAUUAAAUGUUUUUAAUACUAUUAAUUAUCUUGUAGAACAAAAUGGUUAUGUUCAAAGUAAAACAAUUGCCGAUAGUCUUGUUAGACAAGCAAAAGAAAAACUAAAUUUACCAAUACAAAUUUUUCGACCAGGUAUGAUAUCUUGGUGUACAACAACAGGUUGUUUUAAUAAACAAGAUUUUCUAUAUCUACUAUUUGCCGGUCUGAUUAAAUUUAGUUACGCACCUGAUUUAGACAUUCAAUUAGAUUUAUCACCAGUUGAUUAUAUGAGUAAAAAAAUUGUUGAAUUAGGUGAACAGAUAUUCAAUACUGAUGAUAAUAAUUAUAUCUACAAUCUACAUAAUUUUAAAAAUAAAAUUUCAUUUAAAUUUAUAUGGAAUAAAAUAUGUGAAUUAAUGAAUAAACCAGCAAAUUAUAUUGAAUUUAAUAUAUGGAAAGAAAAUUUAUUUAAUUCAUUAAAUCAAAAUAAUAAUGAUGUAUUAAGCGGUGUAUUAUUAUUAUUUCAAAAUUAUUUAUUAUGUGAUAUUUCUCCUUAUCCACAACUGAAUAUCAAUGAUGAUAAUGUCAGUGAUAUUCAAGUACUAACUCAUACACUCGAUCCAUUACCCUAUAUACAAAAACUAAUACAUAAUCAUUAA